AUGGCAUCAACAAUACACAGGGGAAAGCUAAAUAAAUAUCCCAAGGGAAACUACAACAAAACAUCAACUGAUUUCAUCUUACUGGGGUUAUUCCCACCAUCAAAACUUGGGCUGUUCUUCUUCAUUCUCAUUAUUCUCAUUUUCCUAAUGGCUUUGUUUGGCAACCUAUUAAUGAUCCUUCUCAUCUUUCUGGACACGCAUCUCCACACACCCAUGUAUUUCCUACUUAGUCAGCUCUCCUUCAUUGACCUAAAUUACAUCUCCACCAUUGUCCCCAAAAUGGCCUCUAAUUUUCUGUAUGGAAACAAGUCCAUCUCUUUCAUCGGGUGUUGGAUUCAGAGCUUCUUCUUCUUGACUUUAGCAGGUGCAGAAGCACUGCUCUUGACAUCUAUGGCUUAUGAUCGUUAUGUGGCCAUUUGCUUUCCUCUCCACUAUCCCAUCAGAAUCAGCAAAAGAGUUUGUGUGUUGAUGAUAAUAGGAUCUUGGAUAGUUGGCUGUGUUGACUCCUGUGCCCACACCACAUAUGCUCUCCAUAUCCCUUAUUGCCGAUCCAGGGCCAUCAAUCAUUUCUUCUGUGAUGUCCCAGCCAUGUUGACUCUGGCCUGCGUGGACACCUGGACAUAUGAGUACGCUAUGUUUGUGACCACUACUUUCUUCCUUGUGUUGCCUUUCCUUGGUAUUGCAUGUUCCUAUGGCCGUAUUCUCUUUGCUGUUUAUAGCAUGAACUCUGCAGAAGGGAGGAAAAAGGCCUAUUCAACCUGCAGCACCCACCUCACUGUGGUGACUUUCUACUAUGUGCCCUUUGCUUAUACCUAUCUGCAUCCAAGAUCCCUUCGAUCUCCAACAGAGGAUAAGGUUCUGGCUAUCUUCUACAUCAUCCUGACCCCAAUGCUCAACCCCAUCAUCUACAGCCUGAGAAACAAGGAGGUGAUGGGAGCCCUGAGGAGAGUGAUUCAUAGAAUCUCUUCUCUAUAA